AUGAGCAGCGCCUACAGGGGCGCCACUGAAAGCCGCGUUGCAGCGGUCGUUGAAACCACAGGUGGGCCUCGUGCCGGAGAUGCCUGCUUCCACUGCAGCGUGACUCGGACCCUCGGUUCCCGGCUGGCGUCAUCCGAUUCAACUCAAGUCGUCGACUAUGUGCCAGAAGACGCCGACUCUGCUCUGAAGGAUCCUGAUGAAGCUAAAAAAGAAAAGCAGCUUGCUGAAGUUAUCACUAUUGAUACACCAAUGGACAUCUCAUGCCUUACCGGCGUACCUGAAGAGCACAUAAAAACGCGACGUGUACGCAUCUUCAUCCCUGCCCGCAAUGCCAUGCAGUCUGGAACCUACAACACACAUAAAUGGAAGAUGGAGUUUGACAUGCGUGAACGUUGGGAGAACCCACUCAUGGGCUGGUCCUCCACGGGUGAUCCCUUGUCCAACAUGAACUUGGAUUUUACAACCAAGGAGGCUGCCAUGGCAUUUUGUGAGAAGAAUGGUUGGGACUACUAUGUUGAUGAGCCUGCACCAAAGAGGCCACCACGAAAGAACUAUGGUGAUAACUUCUCCUGGAACAAGAGAACGAGAGUGUCCACAAAAUAAUCCGAUGCCAGACAGAAGGUUUUAAAAAAAUGCGGUUAGCAAGAUAGAUGUGUAACAAAUAAAACUGCCUCAACUCUGUG